UUUCAUUCGGAGGAAGCCAUUCUCUUCAGAAAAGUAAUGCUACAUAUAUUUUCUUGGAACUUCGAAGCCAUCCCGUAUCCCCGCGCAGCCCAGUAAAGUCAACAACUCCAGUCCACUCCCGCAUAUGCUCCCCUAUCGCGGCUUCGUUUCCUCCGCCGCCGCGGAUUAAUUGCCGCCGAGAUGAGGUCGCAGCUCGACGCAGCCGCCGCCGCCUCGUCGCCGGUGUCCGCUCUCCGCUCCCGGCCGCCCCGGGCACUCCUCAGGUUCCGUGCGUUCCCAGGCCGAUUUCACAUCUGUCGCGCCGGCGGGAUCGGGGUGCGCUGUCCGGCUAGCCAUCUCCCCAGCGGCAGCAGCAACCGAGGAGUGGCAAGAGUGUUCGAUUCGGCAAAGAGGCCAGGCGGCAAGGGAAUCAUGCCUAAUGUGGAAAUGCCGGCUGCGUCAGAGACAGAAAAUCACCUAUGCUUUCCUGCUAAGGGAAACUCCAACGUGGUGACUAUAGUAAGCAUCACGUUAUGCCUUCUCAUCAGAGUUGUUAUAGGCCAGAUACAGUUGAUGAUGAAAUUGUUCCCUGUGAUGUCGCACAAUAUUACAAGUUUGCCAUUUGCUUGCAUGUCUGAUCCUAUCAGAACACCUGCGCCUCUUAAGUUAGACGUGACUCUUCCACCACUGCCUGAUGUCAGAUGGAGUAUUUCACGCUUGUACUAUCUAUUCAAUACACAGCUUGACCGAAACAUUGCCUUGUCUAUUAUCACUUUGCUCGUCACGUGCUUUUCUAUCGUGUUUAUUGGAGGACUGCUGUUUCAUAAGUUCAGGAAGAAGGAACAGCCUCUGGAGGAGUGCUUAUGGGAAGCUUGGGCAUGUCUAUGUUCAUCAUCUACUCAUCUAAGACAAAAGACGCGUAUUGAGCGUGUUAUUGGGUUCUUUCUUGCUAUCUGGGGUAUAUUGUUCUAUUCUCGUUUGUUAAGCGCAAUGACGGAACAAUUUAGAACCCAAAUGUAUAAGGUAAGGGAAGGGGCACAAUUACAAGUCCUUGAGGAUGAUCAUAUCAUCAUCUGCGGAGUCAAUAGUCAUCUGACAUCCAUAUUGAAUCAGUUGAAUAAGUUCCAUGAAUCAGCAAUCCGCGUAGGUACUGCUACAGCAAGGAAGCAGAGAAUUCUCCUUCUCUCGGAACUUCCCAGAAAGCAUAUCGAGAAGCUUGCAGAGAGCAUAUCUAAAGAUUUAAACCAUGUUGAUUUAUUCACCAAGAGUUGUAGCCUUAGCUUGACAAAAUCAUUUGAAAGAGCAGCAGCAAACAAAGCAAAGUCUAUAAUCAUCUUACCAUCAAAGAAUGAACGAUAUGAAGUUGAUACAGAUGCAUUUAUUUCUCUAUUGGCUCUCCAAUCUGUUCCACAAAUUGCAUCAGUUCCUACCAUUGUUGAGGCUUCUAACUCAACCACCAUCGAACUUCUGAAAUCAAUCACAGGCUUAAAUGUGCAACCGGUGGAGAUGGUUGCUUCUAAGCUAUUUGUGCAGUGCUCUAGGCAAAAGGGCCUUCUUAAAAUCUACCGACACUUGCUUAAUUCUCGCAAAAAUAUCUUCAGCCUUUUCAGCAUUCCUGAAGUAGGAGGCAUAAAGUUUAAGGAUGUGAGACGUAAAAUCCAAGACGCGGUUGUUUGUGGUAUUUUUCGGUACGGAAGGAUUCACUUCCACCCAAGUGAAGACACAAUGUUGAAAGAAACAGAUAAAUUGCUUCUUAUCGCUCCUGUUUGUGGGAGGAGAAAACCACAGUAUACAUUUUUAAAUGUACCUGAAGAAACAAAAAAUUCAAGUCAUUACUCAGACUCAAAUGAGGCUCAAAGAUCUACGAGUGUGGUUACCGAGCUGAAGGAAACACGGCUAAAGAACAUUGUAGAGCGCCCGUCAAAAUCACUAUCUAAGAGCAACGAAUGUACACUUGGACCAAGGGAAUGCAUACUUAUUGUUGGUUGGAGGCCGAAAAUUAUUGACAUGAUUCGAGAAUAUGAUAAUUACCUUGGACCUGGUAGUGUAUUGGAAGUCUUGUCAGAAACCCCUAUUACAGAGCGGACGAGUGUUGUCAACCCCCUAAUGCAGAGCCAACUUAAAAAUAUUAAAGUUACUCAUAAGGUGGGAUGUCCAAUGAACUAUGAUAUUUUGAAGGAAGCAAUUAUUAACAUCAGAAAAUCCGCCAAAUGUGACAAAAAUGUUCCUAUUUCAAUUGUCGUGAUAUCUGACAGAGACUGGCUAAUUGGAGAUACUGUACAGGCCGAUAAACAAUUAGCAUAUACCCUUCUCCUUGCUGAAAAUAUUUGCCGGAAAAAUGACAUUAAGGUUCAGCAUCUUGUAUCAGAAAUUGUAGACACAGGACUGGGAAAGCAAAUAUCUAGAAUAAGACCCUCCCUUUCGUUUGUUGGCGCAGAGGAAGUUAUGAGUCUUGUGACGGCACAAGUUGCGGAAUGUAGCGAGCUGAAUGAAGUAUGGAAGGAUAUUCUGGAUGCUGAAGGAGAUGAGAUUUAUAUUAAGGAGAUAGGACUGUACAUGAAGGAAAGAGAAAAAAUAUCAUUCUCGGAGCUGUCUGAAAGGGCAGUUUUGCGUCGUGAAGUUGCUAUUGGCUACGUUAAGGACCAGAAGCAGCAUAUAAAUCCUACAAACAAGUUGGAGCCACUUUCUCUUGAAAUGACAGAUUCGCUUAUCGUGAUAUCAGAGUUUGAAGGUGAACAGCCGAUUGUGAGGGACAGCGAAACUUCCACAUAACAUUUUUCGCUCGUGGUUCUGCUGAUUUUUGACAGCUCUUAGCCUGUUAGUAUGUCUUUUCAAUUCAAAAGCGAUAAGAAAGGUCAUUUGAUCAAAUGUUCUUUGCCUCCAUAGCUGUAGAAAUAUUCUGGCCACUUUCUGUUUAUUGUAGCUGAACUCCGGAUACCUUUUUUUAUUUAUGUGUAAACGUAGUUGAAUUCAAAUAGUCAACUUGUACACUGUAGAUGACUUGAAUAAAGAAGGAAAAAUAAGUGAUUGGGUA